UAUCAAUAGCAAACUUGAUAGCUCUGCUCUGCUCACUUUUUUGUUGCUCUGUUUUGAUGUUUUUCUAGCUCCAAUCUUUUUUUUUUUUUGGUCGAAAAGUUUUGAAUCUUUGGAAUCCAAUUCCGUAUUAUUGAAUGAUGGCUACUACAAUUCAACAAUCAAAACGUUUAUUACGAAAAGAAAUAGCCACAAGAAUAGGACAAUUAUCCGUGGAUGAAAUUCAUCGACAAUCACAAAUUAUACAUGAAAUUUUAUUCGAAAUGAUUGAAUUUAAACAAUCAAAACGUAUUGGUCUUUACCUGAGUAUGGAAGAUAAAGAAAUUGAUACAUUACCAAUUUUGAAACAAUGUUUACAAUCGAAUAAACAAUGUUUUGUACCAAGAUAUUCACCAGAUAAUCCUAAUAUGCAAAUGUUGAAAAUUAAUAAUUGGCAUGAUUAUGAACAAAUGCCUAUUGAACCUAAAUAUCGAAUAAAACAACCAGAUUUGAUUGAUUCAACCGCAACAACAAAAACAACAAGAUCUGAUGCAAUGCAAACAGGUGGUUUGGAUCUGAUUCUUGUACCUGGUGUUGCAUUUACAAAUGAUGGUUUACGUCUGGGACAUGGUAAAGGUUAUUAUGAUAGAUGGUUGGAUCAAUGUCGUCAGCGGCAACAAAUGGCAAACGAAAAUCAUCAUCAUCAAUAUCCAUUAACAAUUGGUUUAGCAUUUGAUCAACAAAUUGUUGAUCAAAUACCUGUUACUGAAUUCGAUAUUCGAAUCGAUCGAAUAUUAUAUCCAUCCAUUCAACAGCAAAAAUAACCUCGAAAUAACCUUGACUCAAAGACUAUUUGAAGACCAAAUUCUUUAUUCCAUUUUUUAUCAAUUCGGUCAUAAGAAGAAGAAGAAGAAAAAAAAAUAGUUUGAAUGAGUUGUAUCAGUAUCUGAUCUGUUUGUUUGUGUAUGUUUAUGAUUGCCACAUUUGUUCAUU